GCAAACCAGAAAGUGAGGAAGGACCACCCUCUCUUUUCCUCUCUCUUCCUGUGUGUGUGUGUGUUUUUCUAAGCUUUCACAUGAUGGGGAGCACCCCAAAUAUGAGCAAAAGAGGAGCAGACUUUCCACUUCUAUGUGUGGGUCUGAGAUAGUGUGGCCUGUAUUUAGGAAUCGGUUGAUUCAGGGAGAAUCAGUAAUAUGGAAAUUGAUCUCAACAGUGCACUGGUCGUUGGCAAGAAUUGUUGCUCCACUGAUUCCGCUGCCUCAUGUUGUACAAACACAACAGCAUCGAACAGUAGCAUUAGCAGCGGCAGCGGUGGUGGUGGUGGUGGUGGUGAUGGCGGUGGCGGAGGCGGCGGCAGUGGUGGUUCUAUCUGCUUGGAACUAUGGCAUGCUUGUGCUGGCACACUCAUCUCUCUUCCGAAGAAAGGCCACAUAGUUGUCUACUUUCCACAGGGCCACCUGGAGCAGGCGGUUUCUGCUUCUUCCUGCUUCAAGAAUUUGGAGCACCACCAAAUUCAGAUGCUCACAUACGAUCUCCCUCCUCAGAUUUUCUGCAGAGUUCUUGAUGUCAACCUUCAUGCUGAUCAGGAAAAUGAUGAGGUCUAUGCGCAAGUCACCCUUCUUCCCGAACCAGAGACAAUCGAGGUAUUUGAUAAAAAUUUAGAGGAAGAAGAAGAGGGUGGUUCGGAGACUUUGUGCAAAUCGACCCCUCAUAUGUUUUGCAAGACCCUGACUGCAUCAGACACGAGCACGCAUGGGGGAUUCUCAGUUCCCCGAAGAGCUGCUGAAGACUGUUUCCCACCUCUUGACUACAGUCAGCAAAGGCCAUCUCAGGAGCUUGUCGCUAAGGAUUUGCAUGGUGUUGAAUGGAGGUUUCGUCAUAUUUAUAGAGGCCAGCCGCGUAGGCAUCUUCUCACAACUGGAUGGAGUAUUUUUGUUAAUCAGAAAGGUCUUGUUUCAGGAGAUGCAGUUUUGUUUCUGAGAGGUGAAGAUGGAGGACUGAGACUUGGAAUUAGGAGAGCAUGUAGGCCGCGUAAUUCCAUUCCAUACUCGGUUCUCUGUUCCCAGGGUUUGCAACUCAGUAUUCUUUCUCCAGUAGCUAAUGCCAUGUCCACGAAAAGCAUGUUUCAUGUCUUUUACAGCCCAAGGGCAAGUCCUGCUGAGUUUGUAAUACCGUACCAGAAAUAUGUUAAAACUCUGAACCGUCCAGUUUCCAUUGGGAUGAGGUUCAAAAUGAGGUUUGAGAUGGAAGAUUCAGCAGAAAAGAGGUAUAAUGGUGUGAUUAGUGGAAUGGGUGAUCUUGAUCCUCUCAAGUGGCCUAACUCAAAAUGGAGGUGCUUGAUGGUACGUUGGGAUGAUUCUUCAGUAAUCAACCAUCAAGAAAGAGUUUCUCCAUGGGAGAUUGAACCAUCCCUUUCUUUACCAGCUUUGAGCUGUUCAGUUGGUCCCCGGAUAAAGAGACUACAGACAUGCCCUCAGCCAGACAUAGAGGGGAUGUGUUCUCUGGACUUUGGGGAAACUGUGAGAUCCCAUAAGGUCUUGCAAGGUCAAGAAAAUUUUGCUAUCGCACCAGUAUUUGACAGAUCUGAUCAAUUCAGUCAGUCGAUGGAAUUUAAGGGGUAUAACUCAUCUGAAAAGCAUCUCAGGCCAGCUGUUCUAGGGACCAGUUUCAUUGGAUCUCCAAUAGCAAAGUCUACCAUGCCUGUGAUUAGCAGAGACUUGGGGGAAUCGAGAAGAUUCCAAAAGGUCUUGCAAGGUCAAGAAGUAUUUCCUUUGACAUCUCAGCUAUCAGCUGAUGUCAACCGCAUUGUUUGGGGAAAUUGCAAAUAUGGUCUUGGAGAGCUUGCUGUUAAUCAGAAACCAGCCUCAGUAAUUUUCCCAUGCUUCAAGACUCCCAAACCUUGUGGCAUCUACAGUGGAAAUUCUUAUCCUUUGAGGAGCCCAACAUAUGACGUUCAAAGCUCUCAAAGAAGAGGCAUCAAAUGCAACAGCUUCACAAGCCAAAAUUCAAAUCAACCUAUCAUCUCUAGUGAGUUUGAGCUUCUGGAGCCCUUGAAGAAGCAACGUCUGUUUGAUAAUGCACAUAUGGCUACUGGUAUGAUGCCAACUUCAAGGGACAAUAAUCAAAGUGAUGUCAGUGGCAACGGUAGAAACAGCUGCAUGCUUUUUGGCUUUCCGUUGACUAAGGAAAACAACAUCUAGAACAGUGGGACUCCCUGGAAAGAUCUACCAAGGGCGUUCUGCAACUUAGCAUGCAAGAUUCAGGUACAUGCAAGCGUUCAAAUUGAAAGAGCUGCUGAUAUUUUUAUGAGGAAACAGCGAGGCGAUGUGAAAAGGUCGUUCCUAGUGGUCAUGAAUCAGUGCUUAUGAAUCACUAAGCUUUAGUUUGAUCAUGUAGAUGGAUUCCAUGUAUGAUGUUUAUGUCAUUUCUGGCAAUAGUUCCUUCUUACCUGAAACUAAGAACCUUGGUGUGUAAUGGUCCUUCUCAUAUGCGACCUUUUGGUGCUAUGCUGAAGCCUCUCCAUGUACGUCGGAGACAUGUUUGUGACCAUAACUGUGAUAGUUCCUUAAGCAGUUGGCAGUAUGUCUAUGCAGAAUUUUAAGAAACUAAAUCCACUUAUGAGGCA